AAUGUUCCUUCUCCACAUAAACUCUCUUUAACGUUCUGUGAUAUUAUUCAUCUCUCCAUCAUUCAUACUUGCUAAUGGAUUCUUCUUCUUUUUUCCUUACCACUGUUCUUGCUGCAACAAUAGGCUUCUUCACGAUUUUAAGAAAACUCAAACUCCAUCAAGAAGAGGACGAAGAAAGUUCAUCACCUCCAUCUUCUUUGUCUCCUUCAUCUCCUCCAUCUUCUCUGAAUCGCAUCUGGACACACCAUGUCUUUCCAAGUUUCCGAGGGGAAGAUGUCCGUAGAGACUUUCUUAGUCACAUUCAGAUGGAGUUCCAACGAAUGGGAAUCACAACAUUCAUUGAUAAUGAGAUCAAGAGAGGAGAAUCCAUCGGUCCUGAACUCAUUCGGGCUAUUAGAGGAUCCAAGAUCGCAAUUAUCUUACUCUCGAGAAACUAUGCUUCUUCGAGUUGGUGUCUUGACGAAUUGGUGGAAAUUAUGAAGUGUAAGGAAGAAUUGGGUCAAAUGGUGAUGGCUGUUUUCUAUAAAGUAGAUCCGUCUGAUGUAAAAAAACUAACCGGAGAAUUUGGGAAAAUCUUCAGAAAAACUUGUGCCGGUAAAACAAAGCAGGACAUUGGGAGAUGGAAACAAGCUUUGGCUAAAGUAGCCAUAAUCGCUGGUUACCAUUCAAGCAACUGGGAUAAUGAAGCAGCUAUGAUUAAACAAAUCUCUACUGAUAUUUCCGAUGAGUUGAAUAAUUCAGCAUUAUCAAGUGAUUUUGACGGGUUGGUUGGUAUGAGAGCUCAUUUGCAGAAGAUGGAACCAUUGUUAUGCCUAGAUUCAGACGAAGUGAGGAUGAUCGGGAUUUGGGGUCCUUCUGGGAUAGGGAAAACCACCAUUGCUAGAGUUGCAUACAACAAACUCUCAACCAGUUUUCAACUGAGUGUCUUUAUGGAAUCUAUUGAAGCAAAUUAUUCAAGACCUUGUUCCGAUGACUAUAGUGCAAAGUUGCACUUACAACAACUAUUUAUGUCUCAAAUAACCAACCAAAAUGAUAUCAAAAUUUCUCAUUUAGGAGUUGUUAACGACAGGCUAAAAGACAAGAAAGUUCUUGUUGUUCUUGAUGGUGUGGACCAGUCAGUGCAACUAGAUGCCAUGGCAAAAGAAACUUGGUGGUUUGGUCCUGGGAGUCGGAUUAUCAUCACAACCCAAAAUCGGAAGCUUUUCAGGACACAUGGGAUCAACCAUAUUUACAAGGUGGAUUUUCCACCGGAUGACGAGGCUCUUCAAAUCUUUUGCACGUAUGCGUUUGGUCAAAAGUCCCCUAAAUAUGGGUUUAAAGAACUAUCUCAAGAUGUUACAAACCUUGCUGGUAAUCUCCCUUUGGGUUUAAGGGUUAUGGGCUCUUAUUUUCGAGGAAUGUCUAAGCAAGAGUGGGAAAAGGAAUUACCAAGGCUAAGGACUAGCCUUGACACUGAUAUUCAAAAUAUUUUGAAGUUCUGUUAUGAUGCCUUAGAUGACGAAGAAAAAUAUUUGUUUCUUCAUAUAGCUUGCUUUUUUAAUCAUCAAGUGAUUGAGAAAGUGGUUGCUCAUCUUUCAUAUCUAUUCUUGGAUGUGAGACAAGGGCUUAACGUCUUACUUGAGAAGUCUCUCAUCUCAAUAGAGGAUGGAUUUAUAACUAUGCAUAAUCUGCUAGUCCAACUAGGUAGAGAUAUAGUUCGUAAAAAGUAUGUUCGUGAGCCUGGACAACGCCUAUAUUUAGUUGAUUCAAGAGAAAUUUGUGAAAUACUCACUGAUGAUGUAGGAGCUAGUAGAAAAUUCAUAGGCAUAAAUUUCGAUUUCAGCACGAAAAACGUCAAGGAAAAAUUUAAUAUAAGUGAGAGAGCCUUUCAAGGAAUGACUAAUCUCCGGUUCUUAAAAUUCCAGGGGGGUAACAAUACUGUAGAUCUACCCUGUGGUCUAGAGUAUAUGUCUCAAAAUCUUCGAUUAUUACAAUGGUCCUAUUUUCCAAUGACAUGUUUGCCUCCGAUAUUCAACUCGGAAUUCCUAGUUGAAAUAAAGUUGAGCUAUAGCAAACUUGAGAAGCUGUGGGAAGGAAUUAAACCGCUUCCAAAUCUCAAGUGGAUGGAUUUGAGUUCGUCUAAAAACUUAAAGGAGCUUCCUGAUCUCUCAACAGCUACCAAUCUUUUGGAAUUGGAUCUCGGAGAUUGCUCCAGCCUGGUGAAGCUCCCAUCGACUAUUGGGUAUACUAAAAAUCUUCAGCAAUUGGAUCUUUGUGGUUGCUCAAGUUUGAUAAGUCUCCCCUCUUUCAUUGGAACUUCCACUAAUCUGCAAAUAUUAAAUCUCGGUGUAUGCUCAAGUCUAGGGGAGCUUCCUUCCUUUGAUAAUAAUUUCAUCAGUCUAAGUGGAUUGGAUCUUAGCCGUUUAUCAAGUCUGGUGGAGCUCCCUUCCUUUGAUGGUAAUUUCAUCAAUCUAAGAACAUUGAAUCUUAGCGGUUUAUUAAAUCUGGUGGAGCUCCCUUCCUUUGUUGGUAAUUUCAGCAAUCUAAAAGAAUUGGAUCUUAGCCGUUUAUCAAGUCUGGUGGAGCUUCCUUCCUUUGUUGGUAAUGCCAUGAAUCUUGAAAUUUUGAACCUUAACUAUUGCUCAAGUCUGGUAAAGCUUCCCUUUUCUAUAGGAAACCUCCAGAAGCUGCAGUAUUUGAUCUUAAACGGGUGCUCAAAGCUAGAGUUUCUUCCGACCGACAUCAAUUUGGAAUCUCUCUAUGAACUUGAUCUCACGAAUUGCUUUUUGUUGAAAUUCUUUCCUGAGAUCUCCACGAGCCUUACAUAUCUCAAGCUCAAAGGAACUGCAAUAGAAGAAGUCCCUUCAUCAAUCAAAUCUUGGUCUCGUUUCACAUAUUUGAGUAUGACAUACAGUGUAAAACUCAAGGAAUGUCCUCAUGCUUUUCACGUCAUCAAAGAGCUGCACGUGGAUGAUAAAGAAAUACAAGAGCUUCCUCCAUGGGUCAAUGAAUUCUCUCGUCUGGAAUUACUUAUGCUCAAUAGAUGCAAAAAGCUGGUGUCAAUCCCACAGAUUCCAGAUUCCCUCACUUACAUAGUUGCAGAAGAUUGUGAGUCCUUGGAGAGACUAGAUUGCUCCUUUCAAAAUCCAUAUAUUUCUAGUCUCAAUUUUGCUAAGUGCUUCAAAUUGAAUCAAGCAGCCAGAGACCUCAUCAUCCGAACACGGACUAGUGAGUAUGCGGUCUUACCCGGCGGAGAAGUGCCUUCAUACUUCACUCACCGAGCUGCCAGAGGUUCCUUGACAAUUAAUUUAAAUGAGAAGCAUCUUCCUACAUCCAUGAGAUUUAAAGCUUGCAUUUUGCUGGUUAAUGAAAAUGAAAAUGACACUCGCUCUAACGUUACUGUUACGUGUAAAAAUAGCAGGAUGCGACUAUAUGACAAUUUUACAGAGCAUCUGUACAUAUUCGAAGUGGGAAUGGACGUGACUUCCAGCAUUGGACUAUUUCCCACUUUAACAGAGCAUUUGUACAUAUUCGAACUGGAAAUGGACGUGACUUCCAGCGAGCUUGUCUUUGAGUUCAAGGUUCGCCAAAACGAUUGGGUGAUAGGACAGUGCAAUUGGAAGAUAGGACAAUGCGGGGUAAUCCAACUCUCAGAGGUCCCUUGAUGAAUCAUAACAAGGCAAUUACAAAGAGACACCCUUGGUGAAUCUGAAGUCUAUGGCCAAGUAUUGGAGACUGUCACUACAAUUGAAGAGCAUAAUGAGAUAAGCAUCAAGGUUAGUAAUCCGUCAAAGCAAUUUAUGUUGUAUGAGACAAUGUCAACCAGCCGCUUUGGAGGUCAAGACAGGGGACUAAAGCAAAGAGUUGUUGUGUUGGUUUCUGAAAUCGCAGGAAAGUUUGGAUGCGUUUCUAAAAAUGAUUUGAUACAAAGGGAUGAACACAAAGAUAGUGCAAAGUGUUCUGUUCAUGAUCAAGGAAGAGCUUACGAAGGGAGCUAAGUUGUUGCUCUCAAAUGCCAAACUCUAGCAAAAACUCAAGUCCAACGACAACUUUUAGAUUAUAAGAUUAAAAUAAAAUAAAAUAGAUUAAACUUCCAAUAGUUUCUUGAUUAAUUUACCAAACACUAUUGGGAUUGUCGUGCAUUUUUCAUAAUGAU